GCCUGGGGACGCGGAGGCUCCGCUGGACACGGAGACCCGGAGAGCGCCCGCUGCCCGCGGAUCUGCUUCCCGCAGUCCAUGGUUGCCCCCGCAAACAUCUGGCGUUGUAGGGGGCGGGUGUGUCCGGGCGGUGCGGCGCGGGUCCUGGCGCGGCUGAGACCGAGCCGAGAGGGGGGUGUCGCCUGUUGGGGCGCGGGGCACGCCGCCAGGGCGCGGGGAUCCCUGCGGAGCCCGCGGGGGCCUGGUUCCUGUGCAGAGCAGUUUUCUCGAACUCUCCACCCCAGCCUCUCCUGGGGCGCGUCGUAGCCCGAAGACCCCGUCGGGAUCAGGCUCAGAAAGGAGUGUCAUGAAAAAGGAGCAGAAAAGAGACAUCACUGUUGGUGAAAGGGGAGUUUUCUUUCCCAGUUGGUGGUUACUUCAUGAUUGGAAGAGGAAUAACUAGGUGGCUGCAGAGAUUAGAUUUUUAUAGUUGUACAGAUGAAGCUGACAAAAGACAACGAGGAAAUGCUUUCUGUGUCCUAAUAGGCUGAUGAGUAAGCCUGCAAAAGACAGAUUUGAAACGAGGGCAGGCGUUUUGUUUUCUUGUUUUUUCAAACCAAGUAGGACUUUGAACACUUGUUGAGGAUGUUUUUCUCUCAAAAACGGAAGAAGAAAACAUUUAUGAAACAAGAAGUAUAAAAAUCAGAGAGGUGUCCAACUGCAUUCACUCACUCCAUGAAUGUCAGACCUUCCUCAUCUUUUCUGGCAAUCACACAUAAAUGCAUUAGCCAUGGUGGUUUUGUUUAUGCUAGGAAUGACCUCAUGUGGAAUGAGUGAUUUUGAAUUUUGGGGUGAUUUUUCUCUUUUUUACAAUAUGUAUUUUGACUCUUCAUGUUGAAAAGAUUUAUUUAAAGGAAGUAAAGCUGAAUCCAUAAUAUUUUUUAACUGUACUACUGUAGCCUGUACAUUAUGGAGAAAUUAGAGACCUUACAAUUCCCUGAAGUUUUACUGGAAGCAAAGCUGUGCCAGGGACACAGAGACACAGUGUAAGUUUUCUCCUCUUGGCAACUGCACUUGAUUAGAAUGAGCUGAACAUCAGCAGCAUUUCUCAGCCUGUAGGAUCUGCGUUCUUUGUUUUAUGAAGGCUUUAAUGUAUGUUUUGUAACUAGCACAAAACUAAUGGGAGACACGUUGGGCACUGCGUUUGACGUGUACGCCUAAGGAGAGGAGCACUCCAAUGGAUCAUGGCGUUAAUGUUUACAGGACAUUUCCUAUUCUUAGCAUUAUUGAUGUUUGGUUUUUCUACUUUUGAGGAAUCUGUGAGCAAUUACUCUGAAUGGGUAGUUUUCACAGAUGAUGAAGAGCAGUUUAAAACACAGAAAGUACAAGAUUUCAGACCUAACCAAAAGCUGAAGAAAAACAUGCUUCAUCCAAGUUUAUAUUUUGAUGCUGGAGACAUCCAAGUAAUGAGACAACACUCUCACACAAGCCAUUUGCAUCUUUUUAGAGCUAUCAGAAGCGCAGUGACAGUUAUGCUGUCCAACCCGACAUACUACCUACCUCCACCCAAGCACGCUGAUUUUGCUGCCAAGUGGAAUGAAAUUUAUGGUAACAAUCUGCCUCCUUUAGCAUUGUACUGUUUGUUAUGCCCAGAAGACAAAGUUGCCUUUGAAUUUGUCUUGGAAUAUAUGGACAGGAUGGUGGGCUACAAAGACUGGCUAGUUGAAAAUGCCCCAGGGGAUGAGGUUCCAAUUGGCCAUUCCUUAACAGGUUUUGCCACUGCCUUUGACUUUUUAUAUAAUUUAUUAGAUCAUCAUCGAAGACUAAAAUACCUGGAAAAAAUAUGGAUUAUUACUGAGGAAAUGUACGAGUACUCUAAAAUCCGCCCAUGGGGCAAACAGCUUCUCCAUAACCACCAAGCAACCAAUAUGAUAGCAUUACUCACAGGGGCCUUGGUGACCGGGGUAGACAAAGAAUCUAAAGCAAAUAUAUGGAAACAGGUUGUAGUUGACGUGAUGGAAAAGACAAUGUUUCUAUUGAAUCAUAUUGUUGAUGGGUCUUUGGAUGAAGGUGUGGCCUAUGGAAGCUACACGGCUAAGUCAGUCACACAGUACGUUUUUCUGGCCCAGAGACAUUUUAAUAUCAAUAACUUUGAGAAUAACUGGUUAAAGAUGCACUUUUGGUUUUACUAUGCCACUCUUCUACCAGGCUUUCAAAGAACCGUGGGUAUAGCAGAUUCCAAUUAUAAUUGGUUUUAUGGUCCAGAGAGCCAACUAGUUUUCUUGGAUAAGUUCAUCUUAAAGAAUGGAGCUGGAAAUUGGCUGGCUCAGCAAAUUAGAAAGCACCGGCCUAAAGAUGGACCCAUGGUUCCUUCAACUGCACAGAGAUGGAGCACUCUUCACACUGAAUAUAUCUGGUAUGAUCCCCAGCUUACCCCACAGCCUCCUGCUGAAUAUGGCACUGCAAAACUGUACACGUUCCCUAACUGGGGUGUUGUCACUUACGGGGCAGGGCUGCCAAACACACAGACCAAUACCUUUGUGUCUUUUAAAUCUGGGAAACUAGGAGGACGAGCUGUGUAUGACAUAGUUCACUUUCAGCCAUACUCCUGGAUUGAUGGGUGGAGAAGCUUUAACCCAGGACACGAACAUCCAGAUCAGAACUCAUUUACUUUUGCCCCCAAUGGGCAAGUAUUCGUGUCUGAAGCUCUCUAUGGACCCAAGUUGAGCCACCUCAACAAUGUACUGGUGUUUGCUCCGUCACCCUCCAGCCAAUGUAAUAAGCCCUGGGAAGGUCAACUGGGAGAAUGUGCACAGUGGCUCAAGUGGACCAGUGAGGAAGUUGGUGACGCAGCUGGGGAAAUUAUCACUGCCUCACAACAUGGGGAAAUGAUAUUUGUGAGUGGGGAAGCUGUGUCUGCUUAUUCUGCAUCAAUGAGACUAAAAAGUGUGUACCGUGCUUUGCUGCUCUUAAAUUCUCAAACUCUGCUCGUGGUUGAUCACAUCGAGAGACAAGAAGAUUCCCCAAUAAAUUCUGUCAGUGCCUUCUUUCAUAAUCUGGAUAUCGAUUUUAAAUACAUCCCGUAUAGGUUUAUGAAUAGGUAUAAUGGUGCCAUGAUGGACGUGUGGGAUGCACACUACAAAAUGUUUUGGUUUGAUCACCAUGGCAACAGUCCCAUGGCCAGUAUACAGGAAGCAGAGCAAGCUGCUGAAUUCAAGAAACGAUGGACUCAGUUCGUUAAUGUUACGUUUCAGAUGGAAUCCACAAUCACAAGAAUUGCGUACAUCUUUUAUGGGCCCUAUGUCAAUGUUUCCAGCUGCAGAUUCAUUGAUAAUUCUAAAUCUGGGCUUCAGAUUUCUCUCAAUGUCAAUAAUACCGAACAUGUUGUUUCCAUUGUAACUGAUUACCAUAACCUGAAAACAAGAUUCAAUUACCUGGGAUUUGGUGGUUUUGCCAAUGUGGCUGAUCAGGGCCAAAUAACUCGAUUUGGUUUGGGCACUCAAGCAAUAGUAAAGCCUGUAAGACAGGAUAGAGUCAUUUUCCCAUUUGGAUUUAAAUUUAAUAUAGCGGUUGGAUUAAUUUUGUGCAUUAGCCUGGUGAUUUUAACUUUCCAAUGGCGAUUUUACCUUUCUUUUAGAAAGUUAAUGCGAUGGAUACUAAUACUUGUUGUUGUCUUAUGGUUUAUUGAGCUGCUGGAUGUGUGGAGCACUUGCACUCAGCCCAUCUGUGCCAAAUGGGCGAGGACAGAAGCCACGGCAAGCAAGAAGGCUUUGUCUUCAGAAGGGCACCAGAGAGAUCUUCCCGAUGUUGUUAUUACCUCACUUCCUGGUUCAGGAGCUGAAAUUCUCAAACAACUUUUUUUCAACAGUAGUGAUUUUCUCUACAUCAGGGUUCCUACAGCUUACAUUGAUAUCCCUGAGACUGAAUUUGAAAUCGACUCGUUUGUAGAUGCCUGUGAAUGGAAGGUGUCAGAUGUCCACAGUGGGCAUUUUCGCUUACUCCGAGGCUGGUUGCAGUCUUUAGUCCAAGACACAAAACUGCAUUUGCAAAAUAUCCACCUCCAUGAACCCAGUAGGGGCAAACUGGCCCAAUAUUUUACAAUGAAUAGGGACAAAAAACGAAAGUCGAGAAGGAGAGAGUCUUUGCCAGAACAAAGAAAUAGAAUGAAAGGCUCCUUUGAUAGAGACGCUGAAUAUAUUAGGGCUUUGAGGAGACACCUGGUCUAUUACCCAAGUGCACGUCCUGUGCUCAGUUUGAGCAGUGGGAGCUGGACCUUAAAGCUUCAUUUUUUCCAGGAAGUUUUAGGGACUUCCAUGAGGGCAUUGUAUAUAGUCAGAGACCCUCGAUCAUGGAUUUAUUCAAUGCUGUACAGUAGUAAGCCAAGUCUUUACUCUUUGAAGAAUGUACCAGAGCACUUAGCAAAAUUGUUUAAAACAGAAGGAGAAGGAAAAUGUAACUUAAAUUCAGGCUACGCUCUCGAGUAUGAAUCAUUGAGGAAAGAAUUAUCAAAAUCCAAAUCAGAUGCAGUCUCCCUGUUGUCUCAUUUGUGGCUGGCAAACACGGCAGCAGCACUGAGAAUAAAUACAGACUUGCUGCCUUCCAGCUACCAGCUGGUCAAGUUCGAAGAUAUUGUACAUUUUCCCCAGAAGACCACUGAAAGGAUUUUUGCCUUUCUUGGAAUUCCUUUGUCUCCUGCUAGUUUAAACCAAAUAUUGUUUGCCACUUCCACAAACCUUUUUUACCUUCCUUAUGAAGGGGAAAUAUCACCCACUAAUACUAACAUUUGGAAACAAAAUUUGCCUAGAGAUGAAAUUAAACUGAUUGAAAACAUCUGUUGGACACUGAUGGAUCGUCUAGGAUAUCCAAAGUUUAUGGAAUAAAUGCUGCAGGUCAGCAGAAAUUUGCACUAAUACUUCCCAACCUACUUCGUGGACAUGAAUUAGAAGAGUUUGUUUAUUCUUGUACUGCGUGUGUGUGUGUGUGCGGUCUGUUAUUUGCACAGAGAGAUUAUUUUAAAAAUGGGCACCAUAUUUGGCCUAGCAGGAUUUAUUUUUGUGUCAUCAUUUUCUUUGCCUUGUUUCUAAAUUUUUUUUCUGCCAAAAUGUUUCUGCUACACAGGUGUAGAUGAAGUCACGUCUUGGGGGUCAGGGGAGAUGGGACGAUUGUAAAGGUUUUUGUCUGACUCUUCUUCAUCUGUAGCUGUGCUGAUCUAUCUUGGGACCUCAGACACUGCUAAAGACCUUGGAAUUCCUGCUUUCCCCAAGCAUCUUUUGCUUCCAAGAUGGAAUAAAAAGUUCCUUAUCUUUUUGAAAAGGUCUUCUAACACACUUACCUUGCACAAAGAAAAAGAAUUUCUUUUACUGUGUGUAAUGUUCAGUGAUAUCACUGGGGAAAUGUGAAAGCUCCUAUCAGAAUUAUAGGAUUUCUUCUGCACAAUCUGUACGAUGGAAGUACAGACUCGAUAUGCUUUCUUUUUUGAGGUCAGAAACACUGACCCGAAAAGCCUACUUAAAGUUUCUUAUUUAAAAAUAAUAAGGAAUAAAUAUCUGAACAAUCUGAGUACCGAGGGUUGAUAGGUUAUUUUAGACAUGUUUGUUUUAAAUUCUUUCUUUUUUGCCUCCCUGAAGCUACAGCUGUUCACCAUCUUACCACUGCCAUCCUAUCCUUUUACUGUCAAGCAAAACAAUCGGUAGUUACUAAUUGCUAAACCCCCAAUAUUUGUGGGGAUUUCCCCCCACAUGAUUAAUUUUUCAUUAAAGACUAAAACAGACUUAGAAUCAAAUUUAUUUUUGUGGGAGUAACACUGUAUGACUCAAAGAAAGCAGUGUGACUGUUGCCAGUGUUUUUUUAGACUAGAAACAGAAUUGGAAAAUUGCCUGGUUUAUCUUGCAUCCCUUUGAAUGAGUUUACAGACUGCCAGUGUCUGCAAAAGUUAAAAGCAAAUGGGAGAUGAUGUCAGAGGCAUCUGUUUCCUUUACCAUCUGCAUCUUAUUAUAAAUGUAGCCGUCAUAAAAUGUAGCUUAUUUUAUUUUGGUAGGCUCUGAAAUCAAAAUGCUGUGCCAUCGUAAGCCAGUGGAAUAAUGACAAUGUACUGGAUGCGAACUAUUAGGCAGUACGGAGACUUGAUGAAAAUCUCUAUAAAGAUUGCAGUCUUCUUGAUGUUUCAAACCGUAGUUCCCCUAAGCUCUCUAACACUCGGGAGUCUGUCAUUCUGACCUAGAUAAAAGUGGUUCUUUCUCAGUGGUUUGUUAUUAUGUCAAAAUGUGCUUCCAGGGUGAUAAAGCUGUGGAUUUGUUCCAUUCCAGCAAAACCGAACUUGGCUGUCAUUUUUCUUCCAUGACGGUGUGAGUGGAGAUUGCUACCCCUCCCCCACGUUUACCUCUCAUAGCUCUCAGGAGCUUUUCUUUAUCACGUCAGAAUGCAUGAAAAUCAUGUGACUAUCGGUUGAAAGGGCACUGAAGACCUGAAUCCACACGACUUUUCUCAAGGGAGAUUAUUCUCACUAUCUCAGGGUUGUCAGUGAGCAUGUCAAUCCUACACGGAUGAUAACAAUAUUUCCUUUACUGGUUAGAGUCUCACUGUUUACUUUCAAUUCUCGGGAUGUGUGGCCUUGAAUUAGAUCCAAUGAAAAGGUUCUAGAUCGGAAGCCAUGCUUGGUCAGUCUGAUCGUGGUAAGAAUUACAAAUAUGUGCAGGUAACAAGAAAGCAGAAGCUACUGCUGAAUUUUAACAUGAUACAGAAUUGCCCCCAUGGCCAGGGAGAGCCAAGUAGAGUAUGUGGAGGAAUGAGGGGUGGGGGGUGAGAUGCAGAAAGUGAGAAAGAUAGUGAUUGAUUCUGGGAAUGAUUAUGGAAGGAUGUUAUGGAUCGCAAAAGAUAGGCUGAGGCUUCCCCAAAUUUUCUUCUCAGUGUUUCCUAACAUUCAUGCCCAUAGAGAAAUAAAGUUGGAUUUACCUGUCUCUAUACAAACCUAUCCCACUCCAAGGGAGAAUUUCAGACAGGAGCCCUAUUAUGUAGUUAAUUCUAAAAUAGGAAGUUUACUGGAGAACACUUCUCUAUACAGAUUUCCUUGUGAUGAAUAUUAGUGACACAUGCAUAUGUAAGAUCUUGUCUGAGACCACCUGCCUUGUAAUAUGAGCACAUAAGAGAACUGAUUGUCUCCCAUUCCCAGAGUGAUCUUGGAGAAAUCCAAAUAACCUCUACCCUUGCUUUUCUUCUGGCUCAUCUUGAAAAUAAUUAAAGGAUGGAUUAUCACUACCUAACACUCCCAGAAGUAUUUAUAAAAUGUUCUAUCUAUAAAAUCAAUCCUUUUUUUUUAAAAUUAACUUCCUCAACUCAGCUCUCAUUGAGAUAAAACUGUUUAUUUAAAAAUAGUAUUAUUAUUAUUAUUCUAGAGUGCAGUGGCAUCGUUAGAGCUCCUAGCAACCUCAAACUCCUGGGCUCGAGCAAUCCUGUCUCAGCCUCCUGCGCACCUGGGACUGCUGGUGCAUGCCACCAUGUCUGGCUAAUUUUUCUAUUUUUUUGUAGAAAUAGAAGCUGACUCUUGCUCAGUCUGGUCUCCGACUCCUGGCCUCAAGUGAUCGUCCCACUUCAGCCUCCCGAAGUGCUGGAAUUGCAGACAUGAGCUACUAUGCCCAGCCAAGGAUUAAAAUUUUGAAAGGAUGUAUUAAUCUUGCUGAUUAAAAAGUAAAAUCAAUAAAUAUAAUGAAAAGCUGGUUUUCAAAAAUUUAGAACAAUGCAGUUGUACUCAGGAUCAAAUAGGCCCUAUUUAGAUGCGAAUUUACUGUAAUGAAUGUCUGGACAAGACAGGAAAACUGAGAAUCUGUUGAGAAGGAAGACAAAUCUAUGGAUUCCUUAUUUUUGUAGAAUUAAAGCCAAUAACAUUUGCUGAUUUUUAGAUAAAGAAAAAUUAAUUCCUUAAAAGAAUGGGACAAUUCUCACUUAUGUCAAAUUCCAAGGAAUGGCAGAGGAACUGCCACAUUGCCUUCUGCAAAUUUGUAUAAAGAAGAAUCCUCUCCUCCAACACAAACACUUGUCUUAAAAAUUUCCUUUUCAUGAAAAUGUUUCCCUUGCUCCAAUUUUGGUUGGUAUCAUUGAUCAGCAGAGGUAUUUGUACAUCACCAAACAUAUGAGACCUUCUUGAUAAACAAAGCAUAUUGCCUUGAAUUUACAAGUGUAUAAACAUCAGUGAUAAUCUUUAAAUUGCUAUGUUGCUUGUUUUGAUUAAGUGGUCAUAAAUGCAACUUUUCAUUGAUUAGGAAAAAAUGGAUGUAGAAGGCCAUAUAUUAUAACACCACUUCCGGAGGUAACAGUACCUAACAUUCUAAUACACAUCAAGACAUUUCAUACGUAGACUAUUUACUGCAUAUGUAAAUUUUGACUAAAUUCUAAUGUGUCUGACUAAUCAUUAUUUCACUUCAUUUUGGCAGAGAAACUCUAGAUACAGUAGAACUUCCAUAGUUGACCACCUCUCUGCAUUGACCACAUCUUCAAGUUCAGCUAAUUUUCAUGGACGGACAUGCAUCACAUGGAUGUGUCAGUACAGUAGGCCUAGCUCCUGUGUCAACCAGUUUGUUACAGACCCUAGGGCAUAAACAUGACAGAGGUUCUACCAUAAUUUUUAAGACUCAAAUAACUGAACUUUUGCACAGAGUCUAGACACUUUAAACAAUAGAUUCUAACAUUCUUAAACUUGAGAUAGUUGAGCUACCAUUUACAUGGGCUUAUGUUGUAUUACUCCAAGUAACACAUGCAUGUUCCAUUGAUUAUUUCUAAAAAUAGACUCAGCUAAGUUUAACAAAACGUGAAGUAUUUUGAUUGCUUUUAUUUCACAUCUUAUCCAGUUAUUCAACAAAGAAAAAGAUAGUGUGAAGAUUAUAAACUAGUUUGUGAGACGUAUAUGUACAGUAAGAUUCCUCUGUUAAUACAAAAAUAAAAAACUAAAAGCAACUUGGCUAUGAUUGGGAUAAUUUUGCCAUAUCCCUUUUUUUUUUAGGGCUUUGGGUCAUGGUGU